AUGAACCCAAUUGACUAUCAGUGCAUAGAGUUGGCAUUAAAAAUGGCUAAAAAUAUGGUAUUUAUGGCCAUUAUUUUGGUUGUGAUUAGUAUUGAAUUGAUUGACGCGAAGAAUGUUUGGGACGAAGUGAAGGACAGUUGGGAAGACGUGAAACACGACUUCAAAAAGGGAUUCAAAGAUGUCUUCGAUAGAGAUUUGGAUAAAUUAAAAAAUCCUUUCGAAGAUUGGCGGCGAAAACGUAUCGGCGGUCAGCGGCGUCUUUUGCGGACACACCUCUGCCUUCGCCUGCGUCUGACCGUCCGUUUGCGUCUCCGAGAUGUGCCCCAAAGCCAUGACGACGACCCGCCAGCGCUCGACCGACGCCUACGCCUUGUCCUCCUUGUCCUGCAUCUGGACCUUCGUCUCGAUCUGCGGCCCGAUCUCGACCUUCUUCUCCCUCUCCCGCCGGGCGGCGAAAACAGACUUCGGAUGGCAUUCAUGGCCCGACUGCCCCAUCCCUGGCCACCGCUCGCUGACCGACCGCGAGCUGAACCUCUUCCGCGUCCCCGACGGGAGACACUGUUCCCACGAUUGGCUGAUUCUUCGGGAUUCUUACGUUUCAUACUUUUGUCGACACUUUUAUCCCUUUUCGACGGUUUCAGCGAUCGGUUGAAAAGGAUGAAUCUUAAAGCUAUUAGAAGUUAA